AUGGGGGGCGGCGGCGCGACGACCGUCGGCUUUGGCGCGGGAUCCAACUCCAACGUGCAGCGGCCGUCGCCGCCGCCGCCGCAGCAGCAGCAGCAGCACAAGGCCGGCGCCGAGGCGGCCGCCGCAGCCGCUAAGCGGCCGAGGGCGGAGGCGGCGGCGCGCGAGGCGGGGGCGGCAGCUGGCGGCGUGCUGGACGAGAACGGCGGUGGGCCGCAGCCGUGA